AUGCCGGCCACGACGACCAAGCCGCUGCACCUGCGCUGCCUCGCGCUCGCCGACAAGCGGUCGUGGCACUACACGCUCCUGACUGUCCUCGUCCUCGACUUUACCGCCAACUGCCUCGCGGUCGCGGCCACGACCACCGAAACGUACGCCGACAUUGGCCUGUACCUCCGGCUCGCGUCGACGGCCUGCCUCGGGCUGCAGCUGGUCGACCUCGUGCUGCGCCUAUUUGGCCUCCAAGGCGGGCUUUGCAAGUCGUUCGCCAACAUGGCUGACCUCGCCGUCUACCUCUGCCUCUGCGGCUGUCUUGGCGCGCGGUACAUCUUUGCCGACAACUUGGCAACCGCCAAGAUCCUCAAGGACGGCUUCACCAACCAUUGGAAGGUCAAGACCAAGUACAAGCUCGACCAGAUCGAAAGCUACAUCGCAGUCGGCUACUGUAUGCUCGUGACGCUUCGCAUUCUGCUCAAGCCACAGGCGCGCACGUACUCCAAGACGCUGCACCGGUCGCCCAAGCCGGACCGGAUCCUCAUUCAGUCGCUCCGCGCGUCGAUUCGCCUCUUGCCGCAAAUCACUGCCGCGGCGGUCGAGAGCAUGGAGAUGGAGCUGCGCAAGGUCUGCGGUGCCGAAGACGGCUGGAUGCUGCCCGAGGCCUUUAUGGUCUUCAUUGAGCGCGCGUACAAGCACCGACCGUCGCGCAUGACAACCACCGCCUUCCUCGAGCACUUUCAACAAGUGCAGAUGGUCGACCACCAAACGACCACGUACGGCAUGCGCCACGUCAUGGCCUCGACGCUGCGUCACUGGGGCAACCAAAAGCUGUUUCUGGUGUGCACGAUGUUUGUCGUGGGGGUGGCCGCGUCGAUUGUACCGCUGCUCGCGUACUUGCUUCAGUACAUUACGGACCGCGCUUUUCCCUCCUACGUUGUCAAGCGCAUGACUCAAGAUCAGAUCGACUUUAUGUACGAUUCGGGGUUUCAGUCGCUGUACAUCACGACGUACUCGAAAAAUAUUACGUCCGACGACAACGGGAAGGAAGUGAUUCUCGAUUUCUACGACAAGGACGCGCUCGUGAUGGGCGUCAUUGGCCUCAUGGCGAUCUGCGUCCCGUUUAUCGCUGCCGACUACGCCAUGGGUUUUUUCCAGUCCAAACUCAUUUCGCGCGCGACCAAGCACCUCCAAACGUCACUGCUGCGUGUCAUUUUGCAGCAGCCGUCGAGUUUCUUCCACGACCGGUCCGAAGGCGACCUCAACAACCUCUUCCAAGCCGACAUUGCGCGCGUCAACGCCAUGUGGCAAGCCGUGUUUUGGAACUUUCUGAAUCCUGUCGUGUCGAUCUCGGUCGGGUUUAUCUACUUGAUGACGCUCGAGCCGAUCAUUGGCAGCUUGGCGUUUGCAUUUGCGAUCAUCAUUGUGACGUCGGGCCCGCAAGGCCGCGCCGGCAAGCGAUCGCAGUACUUUGGGUCGCAGAACGCCCACGUCGCGGCCGAUGUGCAGAAUGCGAUCGCGUGCAACAAGGUGGUCCACGCGUACGAGAUCCAGGCGCCGAUUCUGGCCAAGUUUGGUGCGAGCUUUGGGACACUCCGGAGUGCGCAGUUUGCCAAGGACUUCUGGAGCGGCAUCGUCCAGAUCUACAUUGAGUCGGCCAUGUUUGUGUUUGUGAUGGUCAUGACCAUCUGCCUCGGCAUCAAGACGUACCGCGGGGAUAUCACGUCGGGUGAGUUUUUCGCCUGUCUGACGCUGCUCAACCGCAUCUCGACGCCGGUGACGGUGCUCGGCGGCUUUAUGCGCGUCGCGAUCGGCAACGCGUCGAGUCUCCAGCGCCUCGACGAGAUUCUGGUCCAGGCGGACAAGACGGCCAAGCAGCUCCAGCAGUCGGACAUGACGCUGCCAGAGCUGCCCAAGAUGCAGCACGCGCUCACGGUCGACCAUGUCUCGUUCAAGUACGACGCCGAGAGUCCGCACUGGAUCCUCAAGGACGUGAGCGCGCUCUUCAAAAAGGGCGAGUACGCGUGCAUUGUGGGUCCGAGUGGCUGCGGCAAGAGCACGCUCCUCGGCUGCCUCAUGCAGUUUUACCCGAUCUCGGCCGGCACGCUGCGCCUCGACUCGUACGACACGCAACACUACUCAAAGGCGAGUCUCGCCGACCAGACCGCGGUCGUGUUUCAAGACGGCGGUGUUCUCAACGGCUCGAUCCUCGACAACAUUGCGUAUGGUCGGGACGGCGCGACCCGUGAAAUGUGCUUGGAAGCCGCCAAGCUGGCCGAGUGCCACGUCUUUGUGGACGGUCUCAAGGACGGCUACGACACGAUCAUUGGGCAGCACGCGGUCGUCAACCUCAGUGGCGGCCAGAUCCAGCGCAUUUGUCUGGCCCGCGCACUCGUGCGGCAGCCGAGUCUGCUCUUGCUCGACGAAGCCACGAGUGCACUGGACCCGGAGACCGAAGCCAGCAUUGUGCAGACGCUCGAGAAGCUCGUGCGCUCACUGCACAUGACGAUUAUCUCGGUCACGCAUCGCAUUGCGACGACGCAGAACGCGGACGCGAUCUUUGUCAUGCAGAACGGCGAGAUUGUCGAGCAGGGCACGUACAACGAGCUGCUCUUCAAGCCCAACUCGGUGUUUGGAGAGCUCGCCAAGACCAAGGAGUCGCAAAAGCCCGAUCGCUUCAUCCGGUUUGGCUCCCGGGCGUCCAUGGGUGGCGACGCAUCGACGACGUUUGCCGCUUUGGAGCGUCUGGCGCGCGGCCUUGAGAACCGCAGUAUGAUGGAGCGGUCGCGCACCGGUAGCCACACGCCAGGUCGGAUUCGGUCCCAGAACGGCAGCCAGCUCCGCGGCACGAACCUCGAAGUGAGCACGCCAAUGCUCGAGCCUGUGGGCGGGAACCUGCGCUACAUGCGGACCGAGUCGUCCCAAGACACGUCGGUGCCGAUUCACAUGGGGCGCCAGCCAAAGGACAACGACGGCAGCUACAUUGUGCUAUAAGCGCGCCUUCCGUCGGCCUAGUGCCCUUUUUCUAUCUCCGCUAACACGAAUUAUGUUUGCAUCAA